AGUUUUUACAGCUGAAAGUGAAAAAAGGGGCAAGACUCAACGCGCUUCUAAGAAAUCUGCCCGCAUAUUUCACGCUAGAUAAAGACGCCCCUGCCUUCAUCGGAACUUUCCUUUCUCUUCCAAUCAAAAUUCCAAUCCAGAUUUCUUUGGUUUCCUUAAGCUACAUUGUUCCAUUGACGUUCUUCGGUUCUUUGUAAAUCUUCGAGGGAAUUCUUCCUACAGUCUAUAGAUGUCGGUUCCACUGGACCAUACUAAUCAGAGUCUUGGAGCCAUUCCACAGACAAAUGGUACAGCGAACUGGACAAUCAAUGUUUCAGAUAUAAGAACAGUUAAGGUCAGUAACAUUUCUCUAGCUGCUUCUCAGAGGGAUAUCAAAGAAUUUUUUUCUUUCUCUGGUGAUAUUCAAUAUGUUGAAAUGCGAAGGGAGACUGAAAAUGCUCAGGUUGCUUAUGUUACCUUCAAGGAUUCACAAGGAGCAGAUACAGCAAUGCUUUUGACUGGUGCUACAAUAGUCGAUCUUUCUGUCAAUAUCACACCUGUUGAGGAUUACCAGCUUCCCCCUGAAGCUCUUGUGUCAAACAUGGAGGAAAAGCCAGCUGUUACUGAUUCUACUGUGAAGAAGGCUGAAGAUGUGAUAAGCACCAUGCUUGCCAAGGGCUUUGUCUUGGGAAAGGAUGCUAUCAACAAGGCAAAAGUAUUUGAUGAACGGCAUCACUUGACAUCAAAUGCCUCUGCUGCAGUCACUUCUAUUGAUCAGAAAAUGGGUCUGAGUGAAAAGCUAAGCAUUGGGACAGCUGUGGUAAAUGAAAAGAUGAGAGAGAUGGAUGAGAUAUUCCAAGUGUCUGAAAAGACAAAAUCCGCCUUUGCCGUUGCUGAGCAGAAGGCAAGUAGUGCAGGAACUGCCAUUAUGAGCAACCGUUAUGUAUCUACGGGAGCUCUGUGGCUUUCAAACGCAUUUAGUGCAGUCGCAAAGGCAGCUGAGGAUGUGGGCAUGUUGACGAAGGAGAAGGUUGAAAAGGCGGAAGAGGAAAAGAAGGAGAUCAUUUACAAGGAGAGAACGGGGAUCAUCAGUGACUUUGCACAGCUCCAUCUUGAUGAAUCUUCAGCAGCAGAGCCUCCAAUCGUUCCAGUUGAUUCAACUGAUAGUAAGCUUGGAAUGAUAUGAUUGCUUUUGAAUUUUCAUUUUCCUUGAAUGCCUUGAUUCUUUCCUUCUUUUCCCUCCUUUCUGUUGUACAAUACACUGUCACACGAGAUUGUAAUUCAGAUGAAUUUCUGAAUGUGUGCUUUGAUCUGUGUCAAAAACUCUUUUAUCAGCAUCUGGAUCUAUGAGAUGCCAAGUGAAUAUGAUACUAAUCUUCGACAAA